CACACAAGUCCACUUAAAAGACACACUUUGUUUUCUUUAUAAAGUUUUUAACUAUUCCUUUACAGUAACUUUGGUUUAAGCGGUUCAAUCUGACAGCUGACACGUCUCUAUUGUCUCUGUGUCCUGCAGAGAGGACAUUAAUCAGCUUUAAUACAUUAAAUAACUAUUCCUGCCGGCUGUACAUGAAACAUGGUUUGUCUUCAUGAACAUCUUCAGGGUUCUACUGUUUCACUUCCGCUUCCUGCAGCUUUACUGUGUUUCAUAAGAGCUGCAGAUAAGAGGCGGAGCCACCCUGAAGAGGAGAGCUGCUGCGUCACACUCAGGAAACGAGAGUUAACUUCAGAGUCAGAAACACUGCAGUCGAGACGAGUCUCUGCUUUUCUCUGAGACGAUUCAAAGUGACGUCUUCAGGUUUUUCUCAACAACUCAACAGAGUCUCUUCCAAACACUGGUCCAAGUGCUCGGGAUCGAUUGCUUCUGUCUUGCUCCCCGACUUGACCAAUCCUGUUCAACAAUGAGACAUGGCUGCUUCAAACUAUCUGCCGUCUGAAGACCAGUUCCUGUGCUCCGUCUGUCUGGAUGUGUUCACUGAUCCAGUCACAACACCAUGUGGACACAACUUCUGCAAAAAGUGCAUCAAUGAUUACUGGAAUACCAACAACCAGAACAUGUGUCCACUGUGUAAAAAGGUUUUCUUCUCAAGACCUGAGCUGCUCGUCAACACCUUCAUGUCUGAGAUGGUUUCUCAGUUCAGACAGUCGACUCAGCAGAAAGCCAGCAGCAGCAGCUCAGAGCAACAAGAGUCCAGACCAGGAGAAGUUCCUUGACGUCUGCACUGGAACCAAACUGAAGGCCCUGAAGUCCUGCCUGGUGUGUCUGGUCUCCUACUGUGAGACUCACCUGGAGCCUCACCUGACAGCUUCACGCCUGAAGAGACAUCAGCUGAUGGACCCUGUGGAGAACCUGGAAGACAGGAUGUGUCUGAAGCACGAUAAACCUCUGGAGCUGUUCUGUAGGACCGACCAGACGUGUGUCUGCAUGCUCUGCACUGUGUUGGACCACAAGAUGCACGAGUUUGUUCCUCUGAAACAAGAAUGUGAAGGAAAGAAGGUGGAGCUGCAGAAGACAGAGGCUGAAACUCAGGAGAUGAUCCAGAAGAGACGCCUGAAGAUUCAGGAGGUCCAACACAACGUGAAGCUCAGUGAGGAAGAUGCAGACCGAGAGAAAGCAGAAGGUGUUCAGGUCUUCACUGGUCUGAAGGAGUCUGUGGAGAGGAAACUGAACGAGCUCAUCACUACGAUAGAAGAGAAGCAGAGAAGCACCAAGAAACAGGCUGAAGACGCCAUCAGAGAGAUGGAACAGGAGAUCUCUGAUCUGAUGAAGAGGAGCACUGAGGUGGAGAAGCUCUCUCUCUGAAGACCACCUCCACCUCCUCCAGAGUGUCCAGUCCCUCAACAUCCACCAUCCACCACCCACCAAGGACUGGUCUCAGGUCAGUGUUCCUCCAGCAUCACAUGAGGGGACUGUGAGGAGAGCUGUGUCUCAGCUGGAGGAGACGCUCAGUAACAUGAUGAAGACGCUGGUUGAAGUGAAGAUGAAGAAGCUGGUUCCUGAAACUGAGCUGAAGAGGGUCCAGAAGUUUGCAGUGGACGUGACUCUUGAUCCUGAAACAGCUCAUCAUGACCUCAUCCUGUCUGAUGACGGGAAACAAGUGAAACUUGCUCAGGUACAGCAGCCACGUCUCCCCGACAAUCCACAGAGGUUCUCUCACGGUCUCUGUGUUUUAGGAACACAGAAGUUCUCUUCAGGAAAACUUUAUUAUGAGGUUCAAGUUAAACAAAAGACUGACUGGUUUUUAGGAGUGGCCAGAGAGUCGGUCAACAGGAAAGAAUUCAUCAUACCGAGUCUUCAGAACGGUUACUGGACUAUAUGGUUGAGAAAUGGAAACGAGUACUACGCUCUUGAUGACCCUCCAGUUGUUCUCUCCCUGAGGUCUGGGCCUCAGAAGGUGGGGGUGUUUGUGGACUAUGAGGAGGGUCUGGUCUCCUUCUAUGACGUAGAAGCUGCAGCUCUCAUCUACUCCUUUACUGGCUGCUCCUUCAAGGAGAAACUCCUCCCAUUCUUCCAUCCUGGUUAUUAUCUUGAUGGUAUAAACUCUGCUCCUCUGAUCAUCUCUCCUGUUGGAGUAAACUAAUCACUCUCUUUGGUUAUCGUAAUGAUUUUCUUCAUUGAAGAGAAUAAAUGUACAUAUCUUGUCUUAAUAUCAUGCAGUUGAACUUGACAUCUUACUGUUUACUGUGGUGAUUGAUUUACACGUCAUUAUUAAAUGUAUCCCGUUACAUAUAAACACAUUAAUCUCUUAAACUCUGCAUCAUGACACAUUAUAUGUAGAAUUUCAAUUCAAAUCUUUGUUAAAUCUAAGACAUUUAUUUAUUAUUUUAUCUCUCCUGUUGGAGUAAACUAAUCAUUUCCCUCACUUCCUUCAAGGGAAACUAUUUAGACUCAACCCUGUGUGGGUUAAUGGAAUUUUAAAUCUGGAUGAAUACAUCGUGCUUAUUAAUAAAAUGUACAUGAUG